AUGUCGAUCAAGGCCAUCUUCUACAGCAAGUUUGAUCCUCAUGAAGGCGCGCCGCUCCGUCCCAAGAUCGUGCAUCAAGUGCCUGAGGACUCGGUCUUGACCACGAGCGAACCCUCUGCAUCGUCCUCCAAUGGCCCGGCCACCAGUGCUCCGUCGACUGCACCAUUGCUGUCCUUCUCAACCAUCUCGCGCUUUGUGAUCCCUCGUCAAUCGCUCUGCGGGAAUCUGAUCUCCCUCUCUCCUCCGCCGCUCACCUCGAACACGCCUCCCACGCUCGUCCUGUCGUAUCCUAUAUGUCUGACAUCCCCGCGAUACCCGCGCAAUGAGUUCAUCUUCAAUUUCGCUUUGGUCCUCGGAGACCCCGCAACGAUCGACGUGCCUUCGUAUAAGUCGGUGGUGAAGAAACUGGCGCACUUGAUGCGCAGCCUGGAGGAGCAGUCGCGCUUCUUGAGUGACGACUCUGCAGCCCCAAACUCGGGCAAGAUAUACAGCCUGUGUGAGAUGCUGAUGGAGGAUCUGAACAACUACUCUGAAUGCAUGAUUCCGAUCGACGAGUUAAACACAUUGAACAUCAAGCUGUUCCCCACACUGCCGAACCCCGCGAGCGUCAAGCCCUGGCAUGUACCACUGUUCACCGUUAGAAUCGAGACCAUGGUGGACGAGAAUUGGGACUUGACCAUGCUGCGGCUCAUUCCCUUCAUAAAUGGCGUGAAUAGUGUAAAACGGAUCGCGGUGCUCGCGGACGCCGACCUCAAGCUCACGAAGAAGUGCAUCAAACACCUGCUCUACUACGGAUGUAUCUUAUUGCUCGACAUCUUCAGCUUCAGCGCCAUCUAUGCCCCGACCGCCGAAUUUGCCAACAUGAUCGCCAAGGACACGGACAUGCAGAAGGAAUGCGCUCGGUACGUCAACAUGGCAUUCGGCCCAGGCGGACAAGAGGAAGCUGUCAUUGACGGCGCCACUGAACGACGGACGAGUGGCUUGACGAAUGCGACCCUCCAAGAUGAAGAGAUAUGGCCCCUGACCGGGAAAGGCGACCCCAUCGACGGCGUCACGAUCGUCCAGCUUUUCGCGAACCUGCGACAAGGUCUCACUGUGCGAGAAUGGUAUGCCCAGAAUGCAAACUUGCUUGCGAACAUCGACAUGCGGCGGUUCGUUACGUUUGGAGUCAUCAAGGGAUUCCUCUAUCGGGUUCACCGAUACGCCAUCCGCACACAGAAAGGGGCAUUCUCCCACGGGCCGCCCGGCGGAAGCAUGACCCAGUACGCUGAUCUGACGCGGAGCAUGUCCAGCGAACGCCAAUUUACCGAAGAGACCUCGCCGCGGACCAGACACAAACAGCACAAGCAGUCCAGGAGUGUGGAGAAAUCCAUGGUGGAGAACCAGACUCUGAAUGCCAGAAUAGCGGAGUUUCUCGACGGUACACACUGUUUCGACGAGAUAUGCACGGAGCUGGGGAUCAGUGAGAAGGAUCUCACCGAGAGGUUGAAGAGUCGCGAAAUGGGCGAUGUCACUAUCAUCUGCAGGUGA